UUAGCUUCAUAGCAACUAUGUGAGGUCAUUACUAUUUCCAUGUGGCACCCAGAAAUGUGAGGUGGGGCAGGAAAUUGUUGUGUAACUCUACCCAUCGCUCUCCUUUAUGGCCCCCCCAGGAUGUGAUUCGGGCUUUGGGAAGGCGGCUGCCCAGCAUUUGGACGGGCUGGGGCUCACUGUCUAUGCCAGCGUGCUGAACCUGAAGAGCUCUGGGGCGGAAGAGCUUCGGCAGACAUGCUCACCACGGUUGACCCUCGUGGAAAUGGACCUUACUAAAGCUGAGGACAUCCAGCGAGCGCUGCAGUACAUCAAGGCACGGACCAUAAGGACAGGUCUCUGGGGCCUUGUGAAUAAUGCUGGGUUCAAUGACACCAUUGCUGAUGCGGAGUUGACACCCCUGCUCCAUUUCCGCACCUGCAUGGAGGUGAAUUUCUUUGGGCCCUUGGAGCUGACCAAAGGGCUUCUGCCCUUGCUGCGCUCAUCUCGGGGAAGGAUCGUCACGGUCAGCAGCCCGGCUGGCAACAUGCCCUACCCCUGCUUAGCCGGCUACGGUGCCUCCAAAGCGGCUCUCAGCCUUCUGAUGGACACGUUCCAGUGUGAACUUGCACCCUGGGGGGUCAGAGUGAGCGUUAUUUUUCCAGGGUACUUCAAAACGGGUGGCACUUGUAACCCUGAGUAUUGGAAGAAAAAGAAGGAUCAGCUCCUCGCAGCAUUACCUGCUGACCUUCUUGAAGCCUAUGGAGAGGAGUAUCUUGAGGAAAUCAACAAGCAGUUUGUGGACUUCAUGAAGGUGGCUGUGGAGGACCUCAGCUCUGUGGUAGACAGUAUCACUGAUGGCCUCCUUUCCACCAACCCACUGCUAAAAUAUUACCCAGGGAGAGGCCUGUGGCUCAUGUACUUCAUCCACCACUACCUCCCCCACAGAGUCCGGGACCUUUUCCUGAAAGCCUUUUUUAUCAACCCAAAGCUGCCCAAGGGGUUGCGUCCCAAGGUCUGCCAGACCCCCGAGCAUCCGUGAGAGCUGCUUGGGUUCUUUUGCACCUGCACAGAAAAGCUCUGGAAAAUAUUUCCAUGGGAAGGGUACCCCUUUUUAUUCCACCAGUAUCAGAAGAGGAACUUGUUUCUACAGAAACAGGCCAGCUCAGUUUGUCAGUCCCAAGGGACAAAUCCUGGGUUGCCUCCCAUAAUGGCUUUUCUUGGGGGGACACAGGAAGCACAUCUGCCCUGUUCCUACUCUGCAAGGCCUCAAACACCUGGAUGUGGAUAGCAGCACCAUUCUUUUGAACAAAGAGAAUCAAUUGCUUCUACGAUAUACCUCCAUAAAUGUUGCCAUAGUCAAAUUAAGCUACCUUUUCUUGCCACUUGCUGGACAGGGGCUGACCUCAAAUACAGUGGCCUUCUGCUUGUUGAUGAGCCAAACCUGCCUCUGAUGCUUGGGGCGUGGCCAGUUUUCCUUCCCCAGAGAUAUCUCCCCUGCAACUCUCAUUACCACGCAGGGGCAGCAUCAAGGCAGCUACCAAGACUCUUAAGGCUAAUGGUCUGCAAUUUUUUUCAAAAGGAGCACAAUUGUGUUGUUACUUAGCAAGUUAAAUAAAAAUUAUUUCAGUACUGGAUUACAUAUUGUGUUUUAGUGGGAACCAUCAAGAUUUUGACCAGACUAGAGGAAGGGGUUCAGCUCUCAUCCCAGCACCAGCAGGACCUAUUCCACCUAUAGGCCUCUGCUGCUGGGCUCAGCCUGCCACUCAUGGCUGCAGCCCCACUUAAAAAGGCUCUACACCAAGGAAGCUGUGGGGCUGACCCCUGUUCGUCUGGCUCUCCAGGACCAUGCAGCUCACCUUCAGACCACCCUACGAGGACAAGAGGCGCCACCCUUGGGGAGGAGGGCGUGAUGACUAUGCAAGGAACCAAAGAGCUUUCUAGGUGCUUCUCAGUGAAAAGCUCAUGAGCGCUUGCUCUUGCUUGCUCUGGGGCUGACUGACAUCCACAGGGAUAAGGCAAAGCUGCAACACAGGAUGUCACUGUCACUUGCAACACACUUGUUCAGUUUUUCUUGUUUGGUAAA